UGAAAAUAUCUCGCAACAGGAACGAAUCAUGUUUACCUCGUUGGCAUAUCCUGCUUCGGGUUUCCCUAGCUAAUAGCGAUGACAUAAUUUUAACGAAUUUUUCCACAGAAUUUGCUUUUGGGAUUCAUUUGUUGCCUCUUUGCCAGCCUGCCAGCAGAUUCUCAAAGAACAAACAUUUCUACUGAAAAGGGAAUGGCGUCGAAAAAUGAUCCAUUUCAAUUUCAAGAAUUUGAGGAAGCUGGGAAUCUUCUGGAAUCUAACAGAGAUGCAGUCACCAUUAGCAUUGAGGAUGAGAAUUUAAAAUCCAAGAGGCAAAGAAGUGCUGUUGGUUUUGCUCAAGAUGUUGGUGAUGAAGAACCACUCAUCAAUGAGGACAGAGAAGAGCUUCUGUCUGGGCAAAAGAAAAAUGCUCCUUUCUGGACAUUUGAAUACUACCAGAAAUUCUUUGACAUUGAAACCCAUCAUGUAAAGGAGAGGAUCCUUGGCUCACUGGUGCCGUGGCCUGGAAAAAACUUCAUUCAAGUUCACCUUCGUAAAAACCCAGAUCUUUAUGGACCAUUCUGGAUUUGUACCACUCUUGUGUUUGCCAUUGCUAUCAGUGGAAACCUAUCUACUUUCUUGCGAUACUUUGGCAAUUCAAACUAUAAAUAUACCGCAGAGUUUGGAAAAGUGAGCAUAGCUGCCACAGCCAUCUUCAGCUAUGCGUGGCUUGUGCCUCUUGGACUCUGGGGUUUGCUGCUGUGGAGGAGCAAUAAAAUCUUGAACCUGGUGUCAUACUCGUUUAUGGAGAUUGUCUGUGUCUACGGAUAUUCACUGGCAGUUUACAUUCCAGCUGUGGUUCUGUGGAUUCCACACGUUGAGUGGCUGAGGUGGCUCUCCAUCGUGGUGGCGCUCUGCUUGUCUAGCUCAGUACUGGUGAUGACUUUCUGGCCUGCACUCAGAGACGACCACCCCAAAGUCAUCAUAGCUACCGUAGUAGGCAUUGUGCUGCUGAACGGGCUGCUGGCUGUAGGCUGUAAGAUGUACUUCUUCAACGAACCAAAGCUCGGACCACCACAUGUCAGUCCCCCUGAAGCAAAGACCAAUAGAACAUCUUCAUGAAGGACCUGCUUUCAUUGGGUGAAGGUUCUCCAGUUGCAUUAUUAGAGAGACUCAAGUUCCUGCGUUGAUGAAGUCAUGGGUGUACUGGAUUUCACCGGCACCUUGGCCCUUCCGGAUUAAGGCCUUAAAGGCCGACUUGUAACUUCGGUGCAGCAUCAUGACCUCUGAAAAUGAAAACUGUUCUUGAGUAUGUUACUUCUAAUGGGAUGGCUUCUAAACUUACUUAAGUUAAUUGGGGUGUAGUAUUACACAGCAAACACAAUGUUAUUGUGGUGGUGAUGUUGUUUCCAGCUUUAUAGCACUAAUGUUAAAAUGUAAAAGAAAAAAGUGGUUGGUGAUUGCAGGAUCAGUGAUAUUUCAUUGAUCUAUUUCUUUUUAUAAUUUUUAUAGUUGUUUCAUACAUACCCUCUGAAGGUAAAGGUGUUGUAUUUUCUUAAUAUCAAGUGCCCUUAACUAUUGCCAAAGCCUGGCAAGAUGUCAAAGUAAUGUUUGUAAAUAUUCUAUAAAUAAUUUGUUGUUAUUAUGGCUAAUUAUAGUAAAAUCUAUUAAAAUCUAUGUUAAUUUGUGUGUACAAUGUUAAUGUAGAGGCAAAAACUUUUAAUAAUUUGAGAGUAGAAGGGAUGAUGGUGGCAGCAGUGGUAGGAGUUCGCCCCGCAAUCGGCAAUCCCCAUUCCACUUGCACCUUUUCUUGCCUAUCGUUUGGCAAGACACUUCACCCGCCUUGCCUUCUGGUGGUGGUCAGAGGGCCCGGUGGCAUUGGUACAUGGUACCCUCGCUAUGAAAAAAAGUAUAUAUUACACCAAUGUGUGUUUCUUGUUGAAUAAGACACAAAGUGCAAGAUUUGCUUGGUUUAGUCUCAACGAAUACAUUACUCAGGUUUUUGCAGUUGGGAAAGAAUGUUCUUGCAGUAUCAGUGUGGGGUUAUUGUCCCACUGCAUACAGGGCAAUUCUAGAAGAAAAGCUGAUGGCGGUUA